GGGGAGUGUUUCCGCUAGUCUUAUUCUGCGGUCCGUCUCCCGUGUGUGAGCUCAUGAACGACUGCCAUGUGUGAAAGUUGCUGCCGAGAACUGCGGGGGAAAGUCGGCGUCUAUUGAAGAGCGCCAGUCGCCUCCAUGAUGGAAGAGCCAGCGCGCGAGCAGCGGAAGCGGCGGGCGGAUGUGGAGGAAGCAAAUAAAUAAGAUAUGAACGCGGAUUCCUGCCCGACAUCACGGAGCACCAAGAGCACAAGGGAAGCGAACCGACGACCAUGAUUUCGGAGGAGUAGCCUGACUUCGUGCAUAUAGCGAGUGUUGGCUGCCGAGGGGCAGCAGCGCUUCUCCCGGAAAAUGAGGCGCCGAGCGCCGCCUGGAAGCCGAUGAGGCGUCGCUGGAGUCUGGGCCGAGCGGAGCUCCGUCGUCCAUGAUCGGACCACUUGUUUUCGGCUUUCCUGGCACAAAGUACGAGGCUCGAGUCACCUGAGCGAGGCGGGUCUCUCCACGAUCCCUGAGCAGUGACGGAAGGUCUCUACGUCCCCUCCAAAGAGAGAUCCCCCAGCUACCUGUCACCCCGCCAACCUCGCUCCCCAUACCUGGGUGGUCUAUGAAGAACACUUUUUAAUCUUAUUUCACAGCUUUUCUGUGCUCAGUGGAAUAAGUGCAGAGCAUUGCUGGCGAUCAAAGAGGGAGAUGGAAAACUGGAUCUGCUCUUGGGAAUGUCAGUGACGACAACUGGAAUGAUGGAUCUCUGAAGUGCCUGGUUUCUAGAGGAACCCACAGAGCCAAAAACAUGUCCUGAGAGAGAGAGAGAACGGUGUUCUACGCUUUCAUCUCAAUAACAUUUUGUUUCAGUGAAGACGAGGCAGAAUUCAGUAGCUGCUUCUCAGUCGGCUUCCAGCUACCUGGACCUUUUCUUUCAUUCUCUCCUGGGUCCUCUGACUUGGCUUCAACCAUUCGCCCCUCUCUCACAACGGCAGUCCUCCCCCCCCGUCCUCGUCCCCAAUCAUCCUCCAUUCCUUCUUCCCCUCACCAUCAUCAUCAUCACCACCACCACCAUCAGCAACAUUAUCACCACCACCACCACCACUUCUCCCCAUCGUCCCCUCGUUUCUCACCCCCGCCCUACACCACGUCUGCACCAGUGGUCAUCAUGGCUACGGCCGCCACAGCGUCCUCCUCUUCAUCUUCCCCAUCCUCGUCGUCAGCCAACGGCAGUGCGCGAGAGCAUCUGCUGGCCGUGCGCCGGCGCCACCCGCACUCCCGGCCCUACACCAUAGGGCCGGACAAUCUUCGGAGCUUGUCACUGCAGGGCUCCGUUGGUACCUGUGCGUCGACGUGUGUGACGUCCGAGGAGCAGUCGGAAACAGCUGGCGUGAGCCUGCAGAGAGCCAACAGUGACACUGACCUGGUGACGUCAGACAGCCGCUCUUCACUGACAGCGUCCACGUAUCAGCUGACUCUGGGGCACACUCAUCUGGUCAUCUCCUGGGAUAUCAAGGAGGAAGUGGAUGCCACGGACUGGAUCGGCCUGUACCACAUUGAUGAGACCUGUGUUGCCAAUGUGUGGGACUCUAAGAACCGAGGCGUGAAUGGCACCCAAAAAGGACAAAUAGUGUGGAGACUGGAACCUGGACCCUACUUUAUGGAGCCUGAGACAAAGAUCUGCUUCAAAUACUAUCAUGGUGUGAGUGGAGCACUGAGAGCUACGACUCCGUGUAUCACAGUCAAGAACCCCGGAGUACUGGUGGGAAGUGAGGGACAGGCUGUGGACCAAGCAGCUUCCGAACUUAGUCGCAAGCUUGUAAGCUUCACUCUGUCAGCUAUCCGGGCGGUUGGCUUGAAAAAGGGCAUGUUCUUCAACCCAGACCCAUACCUGAAGAUGUCCAUUCAGCCAGGGAAAAGGAGCGGGCUUCCAAAAUUUACUCACCACGGCCAGGAGCGCAGAACUUCCAUCAUUGCCAACACUACAAAUCCUGUGUGGCACGGAGAGAAAUACACCUUUGUUGCUCUUAUGAGCGAUGUCCUGGAGAUCGAAGUGAAAGACAAGUUUGCGAAGAGCCGGCCAAUCAUCAAGCGCUUUUUGGGUCAGCUGAUCAUCCCGCUGCAGAGACUUCUAGAAGGGCCAACAGCUGACCAGCAGCCAGUCAGCUACAGUUUGUGUCGUCGACUUCCGACCGAUCAUGUCAGUGGGCAGCUUCUUUUCAGAGUGGACAUCACGUCUACUGGACAUGAAGGCUCCCCAGAUGCAUUGGGGAUCCUCGGAGGCACAAUGAACAUGGAUCCAGGGAGCCCGUCUGACGAUGAAGACCUCCCGCACCCGUCAUCUUCAAGGGUGCUUUACGGACCCUCGCCGAGCAUGUCUGAUGAAGGUCCCCAGCUUGUGAAUGGGGCGUGUAACUAUAGUGAUUCAGUGUGGCGAGAUCCCAGCCAGUCCGGGGCUGAAGAUGUUUUCCCCCCUCCUUUGAUUCCCCACACGCACAGACAGGUGUCGCUGAACGAUUACUUAGACAAUAUUGAGUCCCCGCGGAGUCCCAGUGACAGACCUUUGGUGGGGCCGCUCCCCAAACUUCGCUCCAGCUUCCCGACAGACACGAGACUCAACGCAAUGCUCCACAUCGACUCAGAUGAGGAUGAAGAGACAUCAGGACAACAAAGGGACCAGUCACAGGAAGGCAAGGGCUCCGAUGCAGCAGCAUCAGGACCAGCUGCACCCGAGUCGUCGCAAGAGUGUGGAGCCGCUGCUGGGGCCGCCAUGGUGACAGAAGCUGGUGCUUUUGCCGGGACUCAGUCUGAAGCUGUGGCUCCUGACCCUGAGGUCCAGUCUGGGUCUUCCACUGGUACAACUGCCGAGGCUGCAGCGGCAGAAGGGUUAGAUGGUCACCACGAAGCAUCUGGGGGAGCUGCUGUCGGAGAGACACUACAGAUAGGGCCAGUGGAGUCUGGUCGGGAGCAGAACAGAACCAGCGUCAUCCAUGGUGGAAUCUGCAAUUCCUCUCUAAGCAACUGUCCGCUAUCACCCAUACCAGAGGUGGAAACAAAAGAAUUGGCUCCAAAGGCAGAAGAAGAAGGUGCCGAGUCAUCAAGCAGUGAGGCAAAUGGGCCUGUGGCUGGAGGCACCACGGCUGAUACCAACGUGACAGACGCCGGAGCUUCUGAAGGAGCCACAGCUGGCAGUGUGGAAAGACAAGGAGAGCAGGACGAGGAGCAGCUGGAGGUCUGGAGAAGGCGAUCUGAAAGUGGAUCACAGAACCAGGAAACUGGGUCUGUGGUAGAGGAAGGCGCAACUGCACAGGUCAACGGCCACCAGUCAGUUCGCUCCUUGCCCUCUGUCCGCCACGACAUCAGCCGCUACCAAAGAGUGGAUGAGCCCCUCCCACCAAACUGGGAGGCUCGUAUCGACAGCCACGGUCGAAUCUUCUAUGUGGAUCAUGUAAACCGAACCACGACCUGGCAGCGCCCCACUGCUCCACCUGCCCCACAGACCCUGCAGAGAUCCAACUCCAUUCAGCAGAUGGAGCAGCUGAACCGCAGAUAUCAGAGCAUACGGAGGACGAUAACCAACGACAGCAGACCGGAGGAGCUCCCAGCCGGGGAAUUGCUGCCAGACGAGACUGAUUUGCAACCGUCCUCCUCAGAGCUGCGUCGGGACAACAGCGUGCCACAGGCCAGCUCCAGGUCUCGACUCACCCUGCUGCUGCAGUCUCCCAGCGCCCGGUUCCUCACCAGCCCGGACUUCUUCACUGUGCUUCACUCCAAUCCUAGUGCCUACCGCAUGUUCACCACCAACACGUGUCUGAAACACAUGAUAAGCAAAGUUCGAAGAGACGCUCACCACUUUGAGCGCUACCAGCACAACCGGGACUUGGUGGCCUUCCUCAACAUGUUUGCCAACAAACAGCUGGAUCUGCCGCGAGGGUGGGAGAUGAAGCACGACCACACUGGCAAGCCUUUCUUCGUCGACCAUAACUGCCGAGCCACGACAUUCAUCGACCCCCGGCUGCCCCUCCAGAGCGCCCGCCCCCCAAGCCUCCUGGCGCACCGGCAGCACCUGACCCGCCAGCGCAGCCGGAGUGCUGGCGAGGUCAGCCCGCGUAGACUAGCCAGUGAAGACUCCCGCCAUGGUGGCCCGCCCAUCAUACCACGCCCCUCAAGUACCUUCACCUCCUCCAGCAGAGGGCAGUGCCAAGACGUUGUACCUGUGGCUUACAAUGACAAGAUUGUGGCUUUCCUCCGACAACCUAACAUUUUCGAGGUUUUACAAGAGAGACAACCUGACAUCAACCGCAACCAUUCACUCAGGGAGAAAGUGCAGCUGAUCCGCACAGAUGGAGUCUCAGGUUUGGCAAGGCUGUCAGGAGACGCCGACCUCGUCAUACUGCUAAGUUUAUUUGAAGAAGAGGUGAUGUCCUAUGUGCCUCCUCAUGCCUUACUGCACCCCAGCUACUGCCAGUCACCUCGGGGGUCACCUGUCUCCUCGCCACAGAACUCGCCUGGCACUCAGAGAGCAAAUGCUCGAGCUCCAGCUCCAUACAAGAGAGACUUCGAGGCCAAACUGCGUAACUUUUACCGUAAGCUGGAAACAAAAGGCUAUGGCCAAGGACCGGGGAAGCUAAAGUUGAUCAUUAGACGGGACCAUCUGCUGGAAGAUGCCUUCAACCAGAUCAUGUGUUACUCUCGUAAAGACCUGCAGCGCAGCAAGCUCUACGUGAGCUUCGUGGGCGAGGAGGGGCUGGACUACAGUGGGCCUUCCAGGGAAUUCUUCUUCCUGGUCUCCAGAGAGUUGUUCAACCCUUACUACGGUCUGUUUGAGUACUCGGCCAAUGACACGUACACAGUCCAGAUCAGCCCCAUGUCCGCCUUCGUUGACAAUCACCAUGAAUGGUUUCGGUUCAGUGGUCGGAUCCUGGGUCUUGCUCUCAUUCACCAGUACCUGCUGGACGCCUUCUUCACCAGACCUUUCUAUAAGGGUCUACUGCGUAUUCCCUGCGACCUCAGCGACCUGGAGUACCUGGAUGAGGAGUUCCACCAGUCGCUUCAGUGGAUGAAGGACAAUGACAUCGAGGACAUGCUGGACCUCACUUUCACUGUGAACGAAGAGGUUUUUGGUCAGAUCACAGAGAGGGAACUGAAGCCUGGGGGUGCCAACAUCCCCGUCUCAGAGAAGAACAAAAAGGAAUACAUCGAGAGCAUGGUGAAGUGGAGGAUAGAGAGGGGCGUGGUCCAGCAGACCGAGAGUCUGGUGCGAGGAUUCUACGAGGUGGUGGACGCCCGGCUGGUGUCUGUGUUCGAUGCCAGAGAGCUGGAGCUGGUGAUCGCAGGCACAGCUGAGAUCGACCUGUCAGACUGGAGGAACAACACCGAGUACAGAGGAGGUUACCACGACAACCAUAUUGUUAUCCGUUGGUUUUGGGCUGCAGUCGAGAGAUUCAAUAAUGAGCAGAGACUUCGGCUUCUGCAGUUUGUCACAGGGACCUCCAGCAUUCCUUAUGAAGGCUUUGCUUCUCUGCGAGGAAGCAACGGACCCCGGAGGUUCUGCGUGGAGAAGUGGGGGAAAAUCACCUCCCUGCCGCGAGCGCACACCUGUUUCAACCGACUGGAUCUGCCUCCUUACCCGUCCUUCUCAGUGUUGUAUGAGAAGAUGCUCACUGCGGUUGAGGAGACCAGCACUUUUGGGCUGGAGUGAGUCCACCAGCAGUCUCUACCAAAACGUGUGUGUCCAACAGGAUGAAUGCAGAAACACACUGCCUUCUCAAACUCAUCACCUGUUUUUGACCAAUCGGAGACCAGGAUUCCCAGAUCUGAGACUGGAGCCCUGACACAUUGAAGAGUAAACAAACAAACACUGCCUUCUGUCGCAAGAACUGAGUGGAAUCAGCCUUUAUAAGCGAAACAGAAACACCAUAUUUUGAUGGAUGUGAGGAUUCCUCAACCUGGAUUCCUGCCAGGAGGUCAUUUCUAAGGUGUGCGGGACUUUCCAGACGGUAUUUGUGAGUCCACACAAUUGCUUUGGUAUCCUUGCUAUGAAUAUUUCAGUCUACGAGAACAAAUGUUUUUCUAACCUUGUUGCAAACGGAGAGUUGUCGUUUGAAUGUAUCUAACUUUCUGAUGUUGAAUAUGUUCAGGGCAGUAUUUUAAUACAGGGAAGCAUUCAAGAGAAUGAAGCGGAUCACUCACAAGUUUGUUUGAGUACUAUUGUUUCACGCUUCUUCUAGUGGCAGAUUUAGGGAACGACACGUUGUUUUCUUGUCAGAUGAAUAUCUACAGUGAGCUAUAUUUAUAUAUGAAGGUCUGUCUUACUUAAGCUUGGAUUUAUUUGACAUGAGGUGCACAGUGGUUGUACAAUAUGAUCACAUAUUUAUCGUUACGGUAAGGUAACAUGCAGGUUAUUGUAGUGAUGACUCACCUGCUCCUCCUCAGUGUCCUGUGGCAACGUGAUGUUUCUGUAUCUUUAGUUAAGAAGCUUUAGUUCAGCCGGCAUAUACAUAAGAAAUUCAUUUUCAUUGGUUUAACUCACUUUCUCUCAACUAAUGAACACAAAAAAGUCAGUUGGUAUAAGAUAUCACUGUUGUUGUUUUUUUGUUUCUCAUGUUUCCACUUUGCUAUGUUGCACUUUGGUUCUCAUGUUUAGAUAUUACAGACUGGGUUUAUUCUUAUGAAGAUAGAGGAGUAGAAAUGUGUCAGUUUCUGUAGCUUGUUAAGAGAUGAAAACUGUUAUAGCAGUCUGUCCAUAUUACGUCGAGUUCCUCAAUGUGAGGGGGCAGUUUUUCAUAGCAAAGCACAGGGUAACCAACGGACUGACUCAAAAAAAACGUUUUUUUCCUGUCUCUCUAGAUCUGCCACUGAUGAUAUUAGCUCGGGAAAACUGCAAAAAUGAGCAUUUACUUCAGUCAAAAUUUGAUUUACGCUCCGUAAUAAUCAUUUGUUUAAUUUAUGUGUAAUUAUGAUUUUAAAAAGAAGUGGCACAUUUUGUCAACUCAGUCUGUGGCACGGUUUUAUGAUGAUUUUGGACCCCUGUUGUCUGAAAGCGGACUUGCUUGUGGACAUUUGUGUUCCUCAGUUCCUGCAGGUGAAUUCAGGUAGAGCAUAGUAAUGCAUGGACUUUUUCUGUCGAGGUUGUUACCGGUGCGGUUUGAGGUCAAUCCUUUUCGUCCUCUUCGCUCACAUUCCCUUCUGCACGACGAAUGUACUGUACUGUCUGUCCCCCACCGGGACGGCAUCACCCGAACCUGUCGACUCCCCGAGCGUCGUGAUGCAUUUCCUCGUGACUAUACUUUAACCAUCACCGUUCUGUUCCAUGUAUUCACCCUCAUUUGGAAAACAGUGAUCCGAUCUUUGAGCUCUAUUGAUACAUUUGAAGAUGUGAUGAUCCCAGCUUGUUUUUAUUGGAUAACUUAUUGUCACGCGACAGACGUUGUUUGCAUUUCUAUACGAAGAGCACUGCCCUCAUGUCUCAGACGGGAUUGUACCAAAGUUGCAGCCGCUUCACGCCACUCAGCCAGCCACUCCACUGUACACUCCACCUCACUCUUGGAUAUGAAUGUUUGCAGCACUUGUGUCCUGAAAUAAAAUGUCAUCUCUAUGCAAGACUUACA